AUGCUUCGUCCAUUCGUGAAGCAGUUAGCAAGACUGCGAGCAGAUCGUCACGCUUUUCAACGAUUCAUUCAAACAUGUUCAGCGCGUUGGGCAGGUGAAUACGAGUACGAAGAUCCGAAAUCCGAGGACGAUGUGGUUAAUAUAACGUAUAUUCUGCGAGAUGGGAGCUCGCGGAAGAUUCGAGGGAAAGUCGGUGAUAAUGUUAUGUAUCUGGCUCAUAGGUGA